AGCAUGAGUAUUAUUAUUUUAAAUAUUUUUAAGAUUCAAUUGACAUUAAAUUUUAACUUCCUUGAUUUUUAUCAAAAUUAUUAUUGCUUUGCAUGACACACGUUCACUUUGAUAUAUUAUAUUCUGAUUAUUAUGUAUUUUAUUUUACGAUUAUCGAAAUUGAAAGACGGAUAUUGCUUGUAAAAUUUAGUUUAUUCUGAUAAGUAAAAUAUUUAUAAAUCAAAGUAUGAAGAAAACUUCAUUGGUUACAUAUAGAUGUAGAUUAUUGCACAUAUUCAACUGGUGAUGUACAUCGGAAUUGUAUUGCAAUCGUUAACACAAUCAAUCACACAUAUGCUCAUUGUUUUACAUUCCCUGGAGUGUGAUAGAGGCGAAAAGAAAAUUCAGUCUUCAAGAAUUAGUGAAAUUACAAAAUUAGUAGAGCGUAGAUGACAUUUGAUUGAAGAGAUGAGAAAAGAGUGGUGGUGUUUAGAUACACUUAUUGGCAUAACGAUUAUUUUGAUCUUGAUUUAUGCAUGGAAGCCGGUCGUAGAGAGUGAAUCAAUAUAUCAGGUGGUUCAGAAACGAUGGCGUCAUGCCCCAGUACACUACAAAAAAGUCAAAACUAUUCUAUAUUGGAAUACUAUGUAUGCAGAAAAACAUACAGAUUUUAUGCUUGGAAUUGGAGAUAUUUUCAAAAAUUGUCCAGUUUCCUAUUGUUAUGCAACACCGAAUAGAAAGUUAUUAACUUCGAUUCAUGAUUUUGAUGCCAUUUUAUUUCAUGGAAUUGAAAUGCAUCUUGAUGAUUUACCAAAUUUUAGAACUCAUGAUCAACGGUAUAUUUUUUUCUCAUGGGAAUCUCCAUUGUCUAGGCCAAUUAAUGACUUUCAAUUUGUUAUGCAUCCUGGUUAUUAUAAUUGGACGAUGUCAUACAGAUUAGAUUCAGAUAUAAGAAGACCGUACGGACAAAUCAGAGAUAUAGGAACAAAAAAAUUAAUAGCUCCUCCUAGUCGGAGGAAUGAAAUAGUUAAAUGGAAAAGAAGAAAAAAAUUAUAUGUUCCAACUGAAAAAGAAAUGCUUAUUAUUAUGGGAAAAUCAAAAAUAGCUGCUUGGUUUGUAUCUCAUUGUAAAACUAAUUCUCAACGAGAAGUUUUAGUUAGGGAACUGCAAAAAUAUUUUGAGGUUGAUGUGUAUGGAAAAUGCGGUGACAUGCAUUGUGAUAAAAAUAAUCCUGACAAAUGUUAUGACCUACUAGAAAAAGACUAUUUUUUUUAUUUAUCAUUCGAAAAUACUUUAUGCAACGACUAUGUCACGGAAAAGUUUUUUUUUCCAAUGCAAAAAUAUGUCAUACCUGUAGUUUACGGUGGUGCAGAAUACUCUAAAUUUGCACCACCACACUCGUACAUCAAUAUAAAAGAUUUUAAUAAUGUUAGAGAACUGGCGAAAUUUAUGUUAAAGCUUUCGAAAAAUGAAGUUGAAUAUGCAUCAUAUUUUUGGUGGAAAAAAUUUUAUACUAUCGAAGACACACGUGAAAAAGCGCUUUGUGAUCUUUGUGAAAUACUCCAUGACAUAAGUAUGCCAAGAAAGAGUGUCGAUGAUUUUGAAAAGUAUUAUAACUCCGGUGAAUGUAUCAAUGGAAAUAUAACAAAUUUUAUUGGAAAUGAGUAUUUGACUGAAAUCAAUAAUUACUGAAAUUAUUCUUUAUUAUCGUGCAUCAAUAUUGUACAACUUUUAC